AGCAGCAGGCGGGGGGGGUUGGGGCUCCGCAGGCGGCAGCUGUGGCUGGUGGAGCUGGUGCCUGGCGGAGGCAGCUGUCAGCUGAGUCCAUGUGCUUGGAAGUGGGGCUCAGCCCAUCCCCGGGGGCGGCCGUGACUGGCCCCGUUCCCCAGGGUCAAGCAGGGUUCAUGUGUCUUCAGGGCCUGGCCAGCUCGGCCUGCUCCUGUCCCGUGUCUGAUCCCUGCCUCUCUCCUCGCUCUCUUCCAGCGCCCGGGCAGCUUGACACCACCCGCCGGGGCGGGGAGGGGGGAGGGAGGGAGUGCGUGGCUGCCGGGGGGCGCAGCCAUGCCCGACCGUGACAACUACACCAACGGCAGCAGCAGCGACGAGGCGGGCACCGGCUCGGACGACAUCUGCCGGGACUUCCUGCGCAACGUGUGCAAGCGCGGCAAGCGCUGCCGCUUCCGCCACCCCGACAUGAGCGAGGUGACCAAUCUGGGCGUGCGCAAGAACGAGUUCAUCUUCUGCCACGACUUCCAGAACAAGGAGUGCGUCCGCCUCAAUUGCCGCUUCAUCCACGGCACCAAGGAGGACGAGGACUGCUACAAGAAGACGGGCGAGCUGCCCCCGCGCCUCCGCCAGAAGGUGGCUGCUGGCCUGGGCCUCUCUCCUGCCGACCUGCCCAACAGCAAGGAGGAGGUGCCCAUCUGCCGGGACUUCCUGAAGGGUGACUGCCAGCGCGGGGCCAAGUGCAAGUUCCAGCACCUGCAGCGGGACUUCGAGUACGGGGCGGGGCGGGAGCAGGGCCUGGCGCCGGGCGGACGGCGCUACGAGCCCUAUGACGCGCUGUACGAUGAGGAGCAUGACCCGCUGCUGAAGCGGCGCCGUGUGGACGGGCUCCACUUCGAGACCUAUGAGUACAGCUUCGGCAGCCCCCGCUCUGUGGAGCACCGGCUGCUAGAGGAGGAGAACCUGCUGCUGCGCAAGCGGGUUGAGGACCUCAAGAAACAGGUGAGCAACCUCAUGGCCACCAACGAGGUGUUGCUGGAGCAGAACGCCCAGUUCCGCAACCAGGCCAAGGUCAUGACCCUCAGCUCCACGGCUGCUGCCACCGAGCAGCCCCUGGCGCCUACCGUGGGCACCGUUACCAACUACAACCACAGCAUUGCCCAGACCCACACCACGCUCAGCAGCCAGGCCCUGCAGCCGCGUCCCGUCACCCAGCAGGAGCUGGUGGCCCCGGCCGGAGCCCAGGCAGCACCACCCACCAACGCUGCACCCCCGCUCAACCCCGAGAUCGCCCCACUUUCGGCCGCCUUGGCCCAGACCAUUGCGCAGGGCAUGGCGCCCCCCGUGUCCAUGGCACCCGUUGCUGUCUCAGUGGCGCCCGUGGCUGUGUCCAUAGCGCAGCCGCUGGGGGCCAUCACUAUGAGCCACGCCACCACGCCCAUGGUGACCUAUCCCAUCGCCUCGCAGAGUAUGCGCAUCACAGCCCUGCCGCACUAGCCCGUGCCCUCGGGGCACCGGGAAUGGAGAGGACCCAGCGGAGUCUGGUGACGCCAGGACCCCCCGCAGAGAUGAGAUGCUGCCCCGAGUGCCCGUGAUGGGGCUCGGUCUCGGGUCAUGGGAACCCCAGUGGCCACGUGUGGCCUGCACAUGGCAGCAGCAUUCAGGGAUGAAGGGGUUAACACCCAGGACUGGCAGGGGGGCAGUGACCUCAUAGCCUUUGUGUACCCCUUGCCUCUCCCCUCCCUCCCCCCCCACAGCUGCGUGUGCCCCUUGCUGGGGUCAAGGCGGGGCUGCCCCUGCUUGCACAUGAGAGCCGGGGGCACGGGGUGCCCUGCUCGGCACCAGGUGGGCUCAGGAGGCAGCUGGAGGAGUGCAAUCAGACUGGGGCAUGGGAGGCUCCGGGCACUCUGUGCGGGGGGCCUGGAGGGGGUCUCUGUGGCGCCGCUUGCUGCUUGCACUGGCCCCCCCGACUGGGCAUCCGCCAGCCCCUGCCGGGUGUCUCCCUCUGUUCUUUGUCCGGCCCUGGCUCUGGGGGACUCGGCCCGGUGCAGCCGGGGGCCGGCAGGGCGGAUGCCCGCUCUGUACAGUAGCAUUUUAGGUCUACAAUAUCCUGUAAAGUUUUCAGCUAUUAAAAAAGACUUGUGUACAGCUG